AUGGAAGAGAACAAGGUGAAGGAAGAACUAAUGGAAGCAGGAAAGAAACAUCAUGACACUUGCCCUCAGUGUGGAAAGAGUUUCUCAUGUGAACAAAGUCUUAAUCUUCACAUAAAAGUUCAUGCGGAAAUGAAGCCGUACGAAUGUGACUGGUGCAAUAAGAUUUUCACACUAAAAGGAAACUUUAAUAAACACAUGAAAAUCCACACUGAAGAGAAGCCACACACAUGUGAUCAGUGCGGGAAGAAGUUCAGACUUAAAGGAAACCUUAAUACACACGUGAGAAUCCACACUGGAGCGAUGCCACACACAUGUGAUCAGUGCGGGAGGAAAUUCAGACAUAAAGGAAACCUUAAUACACACAUGAGAAUCCACACUGGAAAGAAACCCUUCACGUGUGAUCAGUGCGGGAAGAGUUACAGACAUAAAGGAAAUUAUAAUGAUCACAUGAAAAUCCACACUGGAGAGAAGCCACACACAUGUGAUCAGUGCGGAAGAGAUUUAUACAAAAAGAACACCUUAAGAUACACAGGAAAGCCCACACUGGAGAGAAACCCUUCACAUGUGAACAGUGCGGGAAGAAGUUCACACUAA